AUGUCGCCAACCUGCCUGCGUCUUAUCGCGAGGACCGUUCCUAGUAAAUCAUACAACCUUCAUAUCCCUUGCUAUGUGAAAGCCAACGCGUCCCGCCGCGGUAUUACAGCCGUGGGCAGCGACAAGAUCGACAUUGCCGUGGCUGCUGUCCCCCGCGACGGGGCAGCUAAUCUUGCUGUGUCGCAAGUGCUUGCCGAGAUCUUCAAAGUCCCAAAAACCAGCGUGAGCGUAAUUCGCGGUGCGAAGUCGCGAGAGAAGACGUUGUCCAUUGCCGAUCUGAAGAUCGACAGCGAAGACGCAUUUUUACAGCGCGCGACUCAAGUCCUACAGGAGGCCAUCAAAAAGUGA